UUGUUAAUACAUAUUUGUGAUACAUAAUGAUUACAUUAAUAAUAUGGACUGAGUACAUGUACAUAACACAUCGUACUUCUUUUUACAUAUUCUUCUUGCCCCUCUUAUAACUUUUACUUUUAUUAGUACAUGUUUAUUCUACGUAAUGCUUACAUUUUGUUGCAAAAUUGUAUGCUUUAAUAUCAAGAUCUGCAGGGCUGGGGAUUUAGCUCAGUGGCAAAGCACCUGCCUGGCAAGCGCAAGGUCAUGAGUUCGGUUCCCGGUACCGGAGAAAAACCAAAAAAAAAAAAAAAAUCAAGAUCUGCAAUACAUAUAUUCCUAGUCCUCUACUGCUUUUUCAUUUUCCUUUGAAUUAUAAGUAGGACUUCCUUGAUUUCAACUUCAUUUCUGAAUAUUCUGUAAUAAGUUACUUGGUCUCCUUGCCAACCCAUACCCUUUACAGCUGGGCUCAAUGUUGUUGUUUCGUGAUUUUAUGUGAAAAUAGCUGACAAUUUCAGGAAUAUAAUUUUUCACUAUGGCAAAAUGUUAAUAGCCCACUUUUAUCUACACUUGUGCUUGUGAGAAAGGCUAUGGAUAUUUGGAAAUAUUGUUAGAAAACAGUAAUAUCAAAUACUAUUUCUAAUGUUAAAAUAUAUUUCUAAUAGCUUAUAGUUUUAAAGGAAAUAUUGUCUUCUCUGUAAUUCCCACUAAUGUGGAAACACCAUUCUUCUCUUGAUUAUUUGUAGGAGCAUCUUUCUGCUACUCACUGGGGCACACAGGGGCUACUGAGAUGGAGAGUCAUAAGACUACCACAGAAAUGGUCUAUGCUGAGAUUAUCGUAAAUGUGGGCAGAAUGACUUUUGGAGAAGAAAACAGGAAGAAGAUGAGCAAUGGCUCUUUGAAGAGAACUGAGAAUUCCAAAAUCAUCCAGGCUAUCUGUGCACUGUUAAAUUCUGGAGGGGGUAUGAUCAAAGCAGAGAUUGAUGAUAAAACCUACAGUUACAAAUGCCAUGGGCUAGGGCAGGAUUUGGAAACUUCAUUUCAAACACUUCUUCCUUCAGGUUCGCAGAAAUACCUCGACUAUGUGCAGCAGGGACGUGAUUUCCUGAUUUUCGUGAAGUCCUGGGGUCCAGAUGUUUUCAGCCCCCCACUGAGGAUUUGCAGCUUGCGUUCCAACUUGUAUCAGAGAGAUGUGACCUCUGCUAUGAACUUGAGUGCCAGCAGUGCCCUGGAGCUUCUGAGAGCGAAGGCAUAUAGAGCCCAAAGAGGUAGACCAAAGUUGCAUCCUCAGAAAGUUCUCAAAAAAUAUGUUCAGGAAGAGGAAGAUAUGAAGAUGUCUGCCCUGGAAUUUUUAAAAAAGGAUAAACUCACAUAUAAGGAGAAGGUCAACUUCACAGAAUCAACACAUGUUGAGUUUAAAAGGUUCACUACCAAAAAGGUUGUACCUCGGAUUAAAGAGAUGCUGCCUCAUUAUGUCUCUGCUUUUGCCAACACUCAAGGGGGAUACCUGAUUAUUGGGGUUGAUGAUAAGAGCAAAGAAGUGUUUGGAUGUAAGAGAGAAAAAGUGAACCCUGACUUAUUAAAAAAAGAGAUAGAAAACUGCAUAGAAAAAUUGCCUACAUUCCACUUCUGUUGCAAGAAGCCCAAGGUGAAUUUCACUACCCAAAUCUUGAACGUGUACAAAAAAGAUGACCUGUAUGGUUAUGUCUGUGUGGUUCAAGUAGAGCCCUUCUGUUGUGCAGUGUUUGCAGAGGCCCCGGAUUCCUGGAUCAUGAGGGACAAAUCUGUCACCAGGCUGACAGCUGAGCAGUGGGUAGUCAUGAUGCUGGACAUUCAGUCAGUUUCUUCCAGUUUGGCCACAGACUCCAGUGCUCACCUGCUUCCAUCAGCUUCAUCUUCACCAAGAAGCCCAGCAUACCCCAUAAAAGCCCUGGAAUUGAAGGGGGCUCUGCAGCAACGUCUGUUUCCAGUGACACAGGAAGAAAUACAUUUUAAGCCAGAAUCCCUCUGUAAGAAGUUAUUCGCAGAUCAUAAGGAACUGGAGGAAUUAAUAAGGACACAGAUACAUCCUUGUUCUCAGGGGAUUGUGAUAUUUUCUAGAAGCUGGGCUGGUGAUAUUGGCUUCAAGAAGGAGCAGAAGGUUCUGUGUGAUGCUCUCCUGAUAGCAAUUAACAGCCCCCUGGUACUCUGCACAAUCCUAAUAGACCCUAGUUGGACUGGAGGACUUGGAUAUGCCCGAGAGACUGCUUUUCAACUAAAGCAGAAACUGCAAACUGUUGGUGGCUACACAGGGAAGGUGUGUGUCAUUCCAAGGCUGAUGUACCUGACCAGCACACAGUGUAGAUCUGAAGAAAAUCUCGUGCACUACCCUCAAUCCUACAGCCUUGCCAGUGAGGAUGAGAUGGAGGACUUGUUACAGGCCCUUGUGGUCGUCUCGCUGUGCUCUCAGUCUCUUCUGAGUGACCAGCUGGGUUGUGAGUUUUUCAACCUGCUUGUAGCGGAGCAGUGCGAACUGCUGUCCAAGAGCCUUCAGGAGACCCGGGAACUGUUCAUCCACUGCUUGCCAGGAACCAGGAGGACAGCGCUAGCCAUAAAGAUCAUGGAGAAAAUUAAGGACUCGUUCCAUUGCAAACCAAAAGAGAUCCUUUAUGUCUGUGAAAGUGACUCCUUACGGGAUUUUGUGAUCCAGCAGACCACCUGCCAAGCUGUGACCCGGAAAACUUUCAUGCAAGGGGAAUUCCCCAAAAUUCAGCACAUAGUGAUGGAUGAGGCUGAGAAUUUCUGCGGUAAAUACGGGGAUUGGUACAUGAAAGCUAGGAGUAUCACCUACCCAAAGGUGAAAGGGGCUGGAAGUGAAAACCCUCACCACGGGAUCCUCUGGCUUUUCCUGGACCUUUUCCAAGUCCGUCAUGCAGAUGUCAGCGGCCUCCCUCCUCCUUCUGCUCAGUUUCCUCGGAAAGCAAUCACUGAGGGGGUCCACUGUGCUCUGGAAAUAGCAAAGGUCAUGAAAGAAGAAAUGAAGAGGAUCAAAGAAAACCCUCCUUCCAACAUGUCUCCAGACACAUUAGCGCUGUUCCAGGAAGCUGCCUAUGAGGAAGCAAUGUGUGCCCAAGCUCUGCCUGGGGUGUAUGAGACAAAGACUAACCUGACAAUAGAACAAAUAGCAAACUACGUGGCAGAAAGAUGUCAUAGUCUGUUCCAGUGUGGCUAUAUGCCCAAAGAUGUGGCAAUUUUGUGCAGGAGAGGGGAGGACCAAGGACGUUAUAAACUUGCACUGCUAAGAGCAGUGAAAUUAAUGAAGACCCAAGGAGCAACAGAGGUUGUGUUCAGCCAGGCUGCUGGUGUUCAGGGUGAUCACAUUGUUUUAGACAGUGUUCAACAGUUUUCGGGCCUGGGGAGGAAUAUUGUGUUUGGGCUCAGUCCAGAAUGUACCCAGUCAGAGGAGUUUCAUAAGCUCUGGUUUGCCUCAAGAGCCAUUAAACACCUCUACCUUCUUUAUGAAAAGAGGGCAGCCUUCUGAAAAUCAUUAUGAACAACACAGAGAA